GUUUAUGAUCCGCACUGAAACGAAACAAAGCGAAAGGAUCUUACUGCGAGGAGAAUUUAUGUAUGUAUUUAUUUAUUCAUUGAACUUGGAAAUACUAUUUUGGUGUGAAAAUGGCAAACAAAUCUCCAGUAUCAUCUCUGAACAAAAUCAACUUCUGUUCUUCAACGGACCCCGAGAAGCUCUUCUGUCUGCAGAAGAGGGUUGGAGGAGGUUCAUUCGGGCAAGUGUAUAAGGCUGUACAUAUUAAAUCAGGAGAACCUGCUGCUGUCAAAGUCAUUAAUGUAAAUGUGGCGGAUCAGGAGGAUCUGAAGUCUGAGAUCAACCUGCUGAAGACUCAGUCUCACCACCGCAACAUCGCAGAGUAUUACGGAGCGUUCAUCAAGAAAGGCUCACCUCCCCAAGGAGACCAACUGUGGUUGGUAAUGGAGUUCUGUGCUGGUGGUUCUGUCUCCGAUCUGAUUGACAGCACAAAAGAAAAGCAUCUAAGCGAGGACUGGACAGCGUUCAUCACCGCAGAAAUCCUCAAGGGUUUGACUCACCUUCACAAAUACAAAAUCAUCCACAGAGACAUUAAAGGGCAGAAUGUGCUGCUGACUGAGAAUGCUGAAGUGAAACUGGUGGACUUUGGCGUGAGUAAGCAGUCAGAGAACACCCUCAGUAAGCAUAACACAUUUAUUGGGACUCCAUAUUGGAUGGCACCAGAGGUCAUCAACUGUAAAGAAAACUCUGAUGGUUCCUACGACUUUAAGAGUGAUGUGUGGUCACUGGGCAUCACAGCCAUUGAGAUGGCAGAAGGUGAACCACCUCUGUGUAAGAUGAGCCCCUUUCAUGCGCUGCUCGCCAUCAUUCAGAAUGAUGCUCCGACUCUAAAUCCAAACAAAUGGUCAGAUCAUUUUCAUUCAUUUAUCAAGGCCUGUCUGAUGAAGGAUCCAACUAAACGUCUGAGCACUAAUGAGCUGCUGAAUCAUGUGUUCAUUUCCAACAUCCAGAAACAUAUCCGACACAUCCGUCAUGAGAUUAUAGAACACAGACUCACACAGAACGAAGAACAAAAGCAGGCUGAAGAGGUGAGAGAAGCUGAAGCUGAGCUGAUGGUGAGAGACAGAGCUCUGAGCAGGUCACCUCCGAGCCCCGCUGCUCUGAAUCAGAACAUGUCGCAACAGGAUGAAAGAGAUAUCCAGAGCAAACUGUUGCAGGAGUAUUCAAAGAGGAAGGAGUGGGAAAAACAUCAUAUCAGGUCUGAAAUGAAUAGACAGUACAAAAAAUUACAGCAGAUGAAUUCUUCAGGACAGCAUCCUCAGGACCUGGCUGAUAAAUUGGCUGUAGACAACCAGAUCUAUCACAACCAUUCACGUCUUCAGAAGAUUCCUUUCUCCUCACCCAAGCUGAAAAGGAGUCACGUUCCUCCCUCAUGCCACGUAGUCAGACAUAACUCUUCUGCUCAGCCUCAGAUGCAGCAGCAGCUGAGCAGAUCACCCACAAGCCCUGGGCAAGUGCCUCAGAUCUGCAUCUCACCUCAGGAGGAUUUUGGAGUAACAGUGAAAAGCCAAAGACCCGAUUUGAGUAAUGAAACCUUGAGGAAUUACAAUUCCUUUAACGCCGAUUUGGGUCAUGACCGCAAAAGCCGCUCGGCCUCGCCCUCGCCCUGCCGCAGAGGAGGACAAGGCAACCGCAGAGAUGAAAACGGCAACAGCCUGAGGAACAUGAGCUGGAUGUCCAGAAGUCAGGAGAAUGUCCAACACUUUGGUUCCAUUAAUUUAUCCUCUUCUGCUCCUGAACACUCGCUUCAGCGGGCAUUAGGGAAGCGAGGGCAGCGCUUGUACUCUAUGCCUCAGGGGAAUUACCUUGAUGUUCCUCAUCAGCAGCUCCUCCAACCUAAGUGCAAUUCAGAGGAGAAGGAAAACGGUAAAAAAUACGGCCUGCAUUCUUCCUGUCAGGAUCUCUGCAGCUUAGGUCUGCAGAACAGGAACUGCAUUCCUCGCUCAAAGUCUAACUGUGGUCAGGACCUCGUGGCCAUAAUUAAUAGUCCAGACAAAAUUAAAUUGGGUAGGAAAUUAAUUAAAAUCCUGGGGCUUUCACCUCGUGUAUCACCACAUCACACUCCAUCUUCCUCCAGAUCUCCCUCUCCAGGCAGCAGCCCCACACCUACCACCCUGUGUGACUCGCCCUUUAGCCCCGUUUAGUAGAAUGUUAGACCUCCUGAGAACAUGCAUUUCUCCUUCUGUCUGUGGAACUUUAAUAAAUAACUGUAAAUUACUCACCCUUUCCUCCAGACUACAUCAACCUUAAUACUUGGAUUUAACAAGCUUAAAAAAACUAAACAAAUAAAUAAACGUGUUAAUGUCGAUCUGCAAAUUCAUGUACAGUGUAAAGUUUUUUUCGUUUUUGUUUCAUACAUUUUUCAUAAAAUGCUAACAUCACUGUUAACACUGUGAGCUCUGCUUCACCACAGCACAUGAGCUCAUUUUCUAACUUUAUACUGUGAUAAUCACACUCACACACACACACACACUCAUACACACUCAUACACACACACACACACACACACUCAUGCACACUCACACACACAUGCUCACACACACACACACACACACACACACACACACGCACACACACUCAUACACACACACUCAUACACACACACACACACAUUAUUUUUUUAUUUUUGUUACUAUUUCAGAAAGUGUGUCCAUUACAGACGAGUGUUUGUUGUUUUCAUUUAUUCUUGUUAUUUUCAUGGUAUAUUUUUAACAAUUUUUGCUGUUCACCUUUUAAACAUUAAGAUACUGUAUUAUUGACAUCAUUGACAAAUAUUAAUAAAAUGCUUAUUUACUUUAAUAUCAUAAUGUAAAAUGUUGUUAUUGAUGGUGAAAGUGCAUGUUGGAGCUCAGACUCCAAAACAUUGAUGACUCUUCAGACGGUAGAACAAACACUGAAGUACAUCUUCUCUGGUUUUUGAGCUGAUGAAUGAAGUUGAGUUCAUUUCCUGUUAGUGUUUCUAGCUAAACAAUAGACUGAAACUACUUUAUUUAUCAUAGCAGCAGCAUGUGUGUGUGCGUGUGUGUGUGAGUGUGUGUGUUUGUGUGAGUGUGUGUAACUUUACAGCUUCACUUCACCUGAACUAAGAGUCCAAACCCUGCUCCAUCAUGCCGACGUCUCUGUAAGCACUAUGGGGACACUUCCCUGUCAGUCCACCAGAGGGAGUGCUGGCAGGUGAUUGUUAGACCUUGUUUGAUGCCAUGUGAUUUUGUUCACCUGUUUGUAAUUAUCCUUUAACGUGUGUUGUAUUUAUACCUGCACUCUGUGUCUGUCAUUGUUGAGUUGUUGUCUGCUGUUGUGUUCAGUCUGCCAGGUUGUGCUUUGGUGCUGGUUUUGAGUAUUUUGUGUAUCGUUCCCAUUGUCAUGGUUCAUAUAUUGUUUUGUUUAUUUCUGUUAUUAAACAAUGACCUUGUUUUA